AUGUCGUGCGUCCAUUAUAAGUUCUCCUCCCAGCUGAACUAUGCCACGGUCACCUUCAACGGCCUCCACAUCUCCCUGUGCGACCUCAAGCGCCAGAUCAUGGGCCGCGAGAAGCUGAAGGCGGCCAACUGCGACCUGCAGAUCACCAACGCCCAGAGCAAAGAAGAAUACACCGAUGAUCGGGCCCUGAUUCCUAAGAACUCCUCAGUAAUUGUUAGAAGAAUCCCUGCGGGAGGAGUUAAAGCUACCAGCAAAACCUGUGUUCUAAGUCGAACUGCGCCAGUGAGCGGAACACCAAAAGCAAUUGAUGACCCUUCUGCACCUCUUUCGCUGGCCCAGCUUAUUAAGACCGCCGAUCUGGCUGAAGCCAAUGCUUCUGAAGAAGAGAAAAUAAAAGCUAUGAUGAUGCAGUCUUGCUGUGCGUAUGAUCCAAUCAAGUCGUCCAACGAGAGCCAGUACAACUCGCUCAGCAGGUGGCAGACCAGGCUGGGAACUAUGGUAAACAUCUAA